AUGAGGAACCACACGCCAGUCACUGACUUCUUCCUCCUGGAGCUCACGGCCGACCUGAAUUUACAGGCGGUGAUUCUCCUUUAUAUGUCUGUCACCUACGUAAUGAACGUCACCAGCAAUCUGACCAUCGUCAACCUCACCCUAAUGGAUUCCGCCUCCAUCUGCUUCACGUCCACCUGCAUCCCCAGCUUCCUGGCCACCACUGUCACCGGGGACAGGACCAUUUCUUACAACUGUUGUGCAAUUCAGCUAUUCUUCUUCAUCCUGCUGAGGGCGACCGAGUUCCUCCUCCUUGCCGCCAUGUCCUAUGACUGCUAUGUCUCCAUCUGCCGGCCGCAGCACCACACAACUAUUAUGAGCCAAAGAGUCUGCACCCUGCUGGUCAUUUUUUCCUGUCUCACCGGGUUCAUGGUCAUCCUUCCUCUGGUCAUCCUUGGUCUCCAACUGGACUUCUGUGGCUCUUUAAUCAUUGACAUCUUCUUCUGUGACAUCUCCCCUCUGCUCCUGCUCUCGUGCUUGGACACCUGUUUCCUGGAGCUGAUGGCUCUUGUCUUGGCCGUGGGGACUCUCCUGUUCACCCUGACAUUAGUGACCCCGUCCUACAUGGCCAUGUCCCGUGCCAUCCUGAGACUGUCCUCCACCCAGCAUAGGAGAAAGGCCUUUUCCACCUGCUCCUCCCACAUAGUCGUGAUCUCCAACAUAUACGGCAGCUGCAUCUUUAUGUAUAUGAAACCAUCUGCCAAGAAAAGGGUGGAACUGACCAAGAGGGUGGCAGUGUUUAACACAUCCUUGGCCCCCAUGCUAACCUCCUUCAUCUACAUCUUGUGGAACCAGCAAGUCAGGCAGGCCUUCCAGGGCAUGGUGCACCAGGUUGGAUUUUCCUCCAGGAGGAAUCACAGAUCAGUCAUGAGAAACCACACUGUGUUUAUCCUCCUGGGCCUUACGGACAACUCGCACUUACUCGUGGUGAUUCUCCUCCAAACGUCUGUCACCUACACGAUGAGUGUCACCGGCAAUCUGACCAUCGUUACCUUCAACUUGCUGGAUUCCCGCCUCCACACGCCCAUGUAA